CCGAGGUCGGUUUGGUAUAACGUCGAGAAACGUGAAACGACGCCGCGAGAGCUGGCGCCGCGACGGUCGACGUGAAAACUGCGGGGGCGGGAAGGGGCGAGAGCAUUUGCGUCAGGAAAAGCUCCCUGCUUAUUGGUCCCAGUCCAUUGUUGCGUAUUGAUUGCUGCGGAGCGGUAUGGUUUUCGGUCGUGAGACAUUUGGUCGUCGGCGGCCGUUGCGGUGCUAAGAAGGCUGCAAGGUUAGCGGGAAUUCUGUGACCCUCCCCCCCUCUUUCCCCCCGUAGUGUGUUAGUGCCGACGAAGAAUGAUAAUAUAGACGAUCGUUGUGAUAACCGUGCGGAUAAAACAAGCGGCGACUAGGAUAAGGAAGAAAAAAAAAAAAAAAAACAACACACAACAACAAUAACAAAGAAAGAAAGACGGAAAGAGUAAACUUACGCCGAAAUAAAGGAAAGGUGGAAAAGGGAAGCGGUUUCUGAUCACCGUGUUUUCUCGCCUAGAUUAAGAAGGGAAGGAAAGAAAGAAGUGUAAAAAUUAAUGAAAGGUGGAGGAACGGGGAAGUAAAAAAAAAUUAAAUAAAAAAAAAAAAAUAAUAACAACCCUACAGGCGGGAUUAAUCGCGUGUGGAGACAGGCGCCGUUCUCGGUCCGGAAGCAUAUUUCAAUCGUGCACAAGAGAGAAGCAAACGAGAAUUCGGUACGAGUAUAAUGAAGCGCAUCAAAUGCUGCGUACUGAAUUCGUUGGCUUGUCAGUGCCGGUGAAUGUGUCGCCAGGAGGCAGAGUUCUGCCGGUAUGACGUGCGACGUGACCACGGAGUCGCCUCCGGUAGACGACUGCCUCAAGGUACGGAAAUGGUGGUGCUUCCUAUUAUCAAGCAUAUUCACCUUCCUGGCGGGGCUCCUCAUCGUCUUACUCUGGCGGGCCUUCGCUUUCCUCUGCUGUCGAAAGGAGCCCGAAUUCGCUCCAAAUGACCCAAAGCAGAAGGAGCAGAAGGCCGCCCGCCAGGGGAAGGAGUUCGAGGGCACCUUCAUGACCGAGGCGAAGGACUGGGCCGGCGAACUGAUAUCCGGGCAGACGACGACGGGACGCAUUCUCGUGGUCCUUGUCUUCAUACUUAGUAUAGCAUCGCUCAUAAUAUACUUCAUCGACGCUUCCAACGAGAAGGUGGAACGGUGCCAGAAGUGGAGUAACAACAUUACUCAGCAGAUAGACUUAGCUUUCAAUAUAUUUUUUAUGGUCUACUUUUUUAUACGCUUUAUCGCCGCCAGUGACAAGCUGUGGUUCAUGCUAGAGAUGUACUCGUUCGUCGACUACUUUACGAUACCACCGUCUUUCGUCUCGAUUUAUCUCGACCGGACGUGGAUAGGACUGAGGUUCCUUCGAGCCCUUCGACUGAUGACCGUUCCCGACAUCCUACAGUACCUAAACAUAUUAAAGACGUCGAGCUCCAUUCGUCUCGCCCAGCUCGUGUCGAUUUUCAUCUCCGUAUGGCUAACUGCCGCCGGAAUCAUUCACCUGCUUGAAAAUUCUGGAGAUCCGUUCGAGUUCACGAAUCCACAGCACCUGUCUUAUUGGACCUGCGUUUACUUCUUGAUCGUUACUAUGUCGACGGUUGGAUACGGCGACGUUUUCUGCCAGACCGUUCUCGGGCGUACAUUCCUAGUGUUUUUUCUACUCGUCGGUCUGGCCAUAUUCGCCAGUUGUAUUCCCGAGAUAAUUGACCUGAUCGGGACGCGAAACAAGUACGGCGGCACAUUGAAGAACGAGCGAGGUCGCAGACACAUUGUUGUUUGCGGUCACAUCACGUACGAGUCAGUGUCCCACUUCCUCAAGGACUUUCUUCACGAGGAUCGCGAGGACGUCGACGUUGAGGUUGUCUUUUUGCACAGGAAACCGCCGGACCUAGAGCUGGAGGGACUGUUCAAACGACACUUCACCACCGUCGAGUUCUUUCAGGGGACCAUCAUGAACCCCAUUGACCUUCAACGGGUCAAGGUUCACGAGGCGGACGCUUGUCUGGUACUUGCUAACAAGUACUGCCAGGAUCCGGACGCCGAAGACGCGGCAAACAUAAUGCGCGUCAUCUCUAUCAAGAAUUAUUCCGACGACAUACGCGUCAUUAUUCAGCUAAUGCAAUACCACAACAAGGCCUAUUUACUCAACAUUCCAUCAUGGGAUUGGAAGCAGGGUGACGACGUUAUCUGCCUGGCCGAACUGAAGUUGGGUUUCAUUGCUCAAUCCUGCCUAGCACCAGGUUUCAGCACUAUGAUGGCCAACCUCUUCGCCAUGCGCUCCUUUAAGACGUCGCCGGAUACUCAAGCGUGGCAGAACGAUUACCUGCAAGGCACGGGCUGCGAGAUGUACACGGAAACCCUCUCCCCGUCCUUUACCGGGAUGACUUUUCCCCAAGCCAGCGAGUUGUGCUUCACGAAAUUGAAGCUAUUGCUGCUGGCAAUCGAGAUAAAGGGGGACGCCGGGAACGAUAGCAAGAUUUCGAUCAAUCCGCGUGGGGCAAAGAUCGCGGCGAACACUCAGGGAUUUUUUAUUGCUCAAUCAGCCGACGAGGUGAAGCGAGCGUGGUUUUACUGCAAGGCUUGCCACGACGACAUCAAAGACGAGACUUUGAUCAAGAAAUGCAAAUGCAAAAACUAUGUGGGGAUGAUGAUGAUGCAGACUGGCAUGGUGAAGGGGGGCUCUGCCUACCGCAGUUACCUUGACGUGGCCACAUUCCGGAAGGGCGUGAGGGCUGUUCAGAUGGUCGGACGAGCAAGCGAGGACUUCUCGUAUGCAAACGACCACCAUCCUCCCCCCACAUUCACUCCGCCAGAACUACCCAAGAUGGUUCACGUGCGAGGUGAGAUAAGCCGAGAACGAGACGAUCUAAACGCGAUGAGAAAUCAUCGAAAUUCGGUCGGCAUGACGCUGAUGAACUCGACGAAGCAAGUGAACAAGGUGAAACCGAACGUGAACAGAACGCCGAACGAUAGUUUGUCCAGUCCUAACCAGUCGUACAACAACCAGAGAUCGCAAGAGGAAUCUGCAUACUCUGGUUACCAUCUCGCCUACGAAGUCAAAAAACUCAUGCCGACGAGCCGGGGCUCGGGCGGUAACAACGUGAACAACAACGGGGGUCUCCAGGUCGGGAUAGCCGACGACCAGGCGAAGGACUUCGACUUUGAGAAGACGGAGAUGAAGUACGACUCGACCGGAAUGUUCCACUGGAGCCCGGCGCGAAACCUCGAAGACUGUAUCCUGGACCGGAACCAGGCGGCGAUGACGGUGCUGAACGGGCACGUAGUCGUCUGCCUCUUCGCCGAUCCGGACUCGCCCCUGAUCGGACUGAGAAACCUAGUAAUGCCACUGAGAGCUUCCAAUUUUCACUACCACGAGCUUAAACAUGUAGUUAUAGUCGGUGCCGUUGACUAUAUACGGCGGGAGUGGAAGAUGCUGCAGAAUCUCCCCAAGAUAUCGGUUCUGAACGGUUCGCCGCUCAGCAGAGCGGAUCUCAGGGCCGUGAAUGUCAACCUUUGCGACAUGUGCUGCAUUCUGUCGGCUAAAGUGCCUAGCAACGAUGACCCCACCCUCGCCGACAAGGAGGCCAUCCUCGCGUCCCUCAACAUCAAGGCCAUGACCUUCGACGACACUAUCGGCGUACUGAGUCAAGUUGGCAGUCCGAUAGUUCUACAAAGAAGAGGAUCCGUCUACGGCGCCAACGUGCCGAUGAUCACCGAAUUGGUGAACGACAGCAACGUCCAGUUUCUCGACCAGGACGACGACGACGAUCCGGACACUGAACUUUACCUGACGCAGCCCUUCGCCUGCGGCACAGCCUUCGCAGUCAGCGUUUUGGAUUCCCUCAUGUCAACGACGUACUUCAAUCAGAACGCGUUGACGUUGAUUCGAUCCCUCAUCACCGGAGGGGCGACUCCCGAGUUGGAACUGAUCCUUGCCGAAGGUGCUGGGCUCAGAGGAGGAUACAGCACGGCGGACAGUCUUUCGAAUCGGGACCGGUGCAGGGUGGGUCAAAUAUCUUUGUACGACGGGCCGUUGGCUCAGUACGGCGAAGGUGGCAAGUACGGCGACCUCUUUGUCGCGGCAUUAAAAUCGUAUGGAAUGCUGUGCAUUGGUCUGUACAGGUUUCGCGACACGAGUUCAUCCUGCGACGCAUCUUCGAAACGAUACGUCAUCACCAAUCCACCUGACGACUUUACUCUGUUACCAACAGAUCAGGUAUUCGUUCUAAUGCAGUUCGACCCGGGUCUGGAGUACAGACCGAGCAGAGGAGCCCGAGGGAAAGAUGACGCCUCCUGACUGUUGCUGUGUAGCGCCCUCACCGACGGACCUUACUCCUACAUCUAAAUGAAACUGGUUGAAAUCGCGUCGAAAUCUUCCCCGUUAUUUCAUAUAUAUACAUAUAUACAUAUAUACAUAUAUACAUAUGUACAUAUAUAUAUAUUUAUAUAUUUAGAUUUGUCUUAAGUUUUCACCACGCUUUAGGGUGUUUCUCAUGCAUCGAUGAUGAUUGAAAAACUUGGUAAAGAAAAAAAGCGUUUAAUUAGAGGAAAAAAAAAAGAACACACACACACCUACAUCAAAAAACGAAAAAGAUAAUUUUAUUUAUUUAUUAAUUUAUUUUUUCGUUCUCAUUCCUUUGAAACGUUAUAAAAGCGGAGCUGGUUUUCUCGCGCAAAAAAUACCUACAUCUAUUACCGUAUGUACCUACUUUCUCAAAAUUUUCUCUUGUCACGCAAAAGAAGUGUUUUUCUUUUCACGUCAUCCCCCCCCCCCCUUUCCGCCGUUAGCGUAGACAGAAAUCAACGUUGAACGGUUUUUUAUUUUCUAUCGUCAUCGCUAAGUACUCGCGUUUUUCUCCCUGUCAUUUUCAUUUUUCUACUUGUUAUUAUUUACGGAGAAAUGAAGGGGAAGAAUAAUUGGCAAAGUAUUUCCGGUCCGAGGGCUGCUACACGCUGCGAAGUGUCUCGCAAAGAUAUCGAGAUUCUAAGGACAGCUGUACAGUAAUAAUAAUGAUAUUAUUAAUAUUGAUAAUACUAAAUAAUAAUAAUAAUAGCAGUUAUAAUAAUGGGUGAAUAAUGUGACAAUGAGUUGACUGGACAGUGUAUGAAAAACAAAAAGAGAACCGAUAAGAGCAAGAAAUAUAGAGGAGGGGAAGAAUAAAAGUAAUAAUGAUAAUAAUAAUAAUGAUUUAUGAUUUAAAAAAAAAAAUUUAAAAAAAAAAAAAAAAAACGAACAAAGAGAGAAAUUAUCUAGUUUAAAUUACCCUAACGAAGGUGGUGAUGCUAUGAGGAAUUGUUUCUUAAGUAGAACGCUACAACCUGCAACCGCGUGUCUGCACUGAUAAUACCCGGUGGCGGUAGAAAAAAAAAAAAAAAGAGAUAAAAAUGGAACAAUGAGAAAGAAAACGAAGAAGCAAAGCAACGUGAUAAAAAAUUAAAGAAAAGGAAGGAAAGAAAGACAAUUUGAAAGUUAGGUAUUGAAUAGUGUAUAGAAUGAUUAUAAUACUUUAAUUAUUAUGUAGAUAAAACAUAAAAUUAUCGGCAAUUUACGGGCAGAUCUGAGACCUUGCUAAAAUUAUUACAACAGAUUAUACAGGUAUAUAUACAAUAUAUGUUGAUGAAUUGCAACUAUUUUAUUUCGACAAGCUACGUAAUGAUGUGUACGUACGUAUACAUGUAUAUUUGCAGUACGCAUGCACAAUUGUCGAGACUGAAAAUUAAUGUAAAAAUGUUGUUUAUAUUUUUUCAAAUCAACUUUCGGUUGUAUUUUUGGUUUUUUUUUUUUCUGUCUUUUGUUGCGUUCUUCUUUCGUUCCGUUCUUAAUCGCCGAUUAUCGGUAAUCCCUUCUCUCGUGAUUCGGAGAUCGAGUGAAUUGCCGUAAUAAUUAUGAAAUAACAGCGUGCAGUGAAACGAGUUUAUAUAAUAUGAGUUAUUGCAGCGAAAACAGAAAAUUUCAAGAUACUACGUGUGGAGUAUUACACACGCAUACACAGUCCGCAGCGGCGUAUGCAAUAACCGUGGGUAAAUAAAUGAUAAGUAGGAGAGAAAAAGAAGAAUACAAAGAAUUUGAAUGGGAAAAUAAAGAAGAAUAAAAUAAAAUUCAAAUAUAUAUAUAUAUGUAUAUAUAUAUACGAUGUGCCACAAGCAUUGCGAAGUUAUAUAAUUACACACACACAUGCAUUAUAUUAUAUUACAUGUUUAAUAAGAAGUGAACUCAAGUGCGGGACUAAAUGCAAUCUUACCUCGUGUGUCUUGUUUACGACUAAAACUAAAUAAAUGAAGAAAAUUAAAUAAAAUAAAAACUUAUGAACAAAUGAAAACAAAACAAAAAAAAAAAAAAACUAUCAGAAAUUGAAGAACUUUGUACAGGAGAUGUGAAAAACAAAUUAUACGAUAUUAUUAUUAUUAUUAUAUAUAUAUAUAUAUAAAGAAAACGAAAAAAAAAAAAAAACCCCUUUUCCACACAAUUUUUAGUAAAUCGAUAUGUAAUAUUGUAACUAGUCAUCACCCGCAGAAAAGAGAGAGGAAAACGGAAGGAAAAAGAAAAAAAAAAGAACAAAACAAAACCCUCAUCGACGACAUACUUCUCUUUUAUAAUAAUAUAUUGUACAUUAUACGCGUAUGUAUAUUUUUUUUUUCCUCGUCAAUAUCGCGAACGGUUCGACUAUACGUACGUAUUACAAAUACGUGUACACAAUAUGUAACACACAAGUAAAUAACAAAUUACACAUGUAAAUGCGUAUGCGUGCGUUUGUUUAAAUGUAUAUACACGUAUAGCGAAUGCGUACGUAUACAUCUGCCAAACUUAUAAAUAUAUACCUAAUUGUAAAACGUAUUAGGCGCUCGGCGAAGUUCAAAAAGCUCGCUUGUUUAUCGCAAACGGCGCCCGAAAUGAAUGACGGAAUCAACGAUAGAAAGAUUGCGUGUGCGAGCGCGAGCGUGCGUGUGCGUGUGCGUGUGAGUAUAUGAAAAAAAUUUAACCCUCCGUUGCGUUGCUGUUCUAAAAAAAAACAAAAAAAAAAAAAAAAAAAAACAAGUUGAAAAAAUAACUCGACGAUGCGAAGAGGAGGAAAGAAAGAUGAGUUGCGAAUACGAAUGAACAAGGAGGAAGAGAAGACGAGGGGGAGCGAAAAAAAAAACAAAAAAAAAAGGAAAAAAAAAAUAAA